AUGGAUAGGAAAAUGUUGUUUUAUCUCGUCGUUCUCUUAUCUUUGAGCUGGCCACGCGUAACAGGUGCAGGAAACAAGAAGGCGGAUGAGACGGCGUUCGAUCAGAUAGCGACCGCGUCCGAGAACGUGGCGCAAAACGCGGAGAAGGUGGAACAGAAGCGGGAUAAUUUUCGAGACCAGUUGAUAACAUCCAUGAUAGACACCACUGUCCACUACGAGAAUUCAAACGGAUUCGUGCCUAUAUUAAUAUCCCCCUCGGCAUCGCCGUUCGAUCCGCGCCAACAACUCGUUUUGGAAAAAGGAAAAGAAACGAUCAACGCUACUUUGAGCAAUUCUUUGAACGAGAAUGAAAAUUCGAGCAGAAUCGGCGAGGAGAAGGAGGAGACGAAGGAAACGGGGGAGGGCGACGACUUGGCGAACGAUCCCAUGUACUCGACCGAGGCGAGAAUACUGCUCAACUUUUCUAAUUUGAACGCGAAUCGUAGAUCGUUCGAGUAUCAGGGCAAUCAGAACGAUUUCGAUCUGUUGAAAGUUAGGAACGAUACACCAGAGAUAGCCAAUUAUCCGAAUUUGUACGAAGAACCGACGAGCGGAGGCAAUAUUCUCGACGAGCAAUCGUCGAAACGAUCGAGAGGUGAAACGAGGGAUCGAAAGUUAGAAGGAAGGUACGUGGGAAAUUACGGAAUGGUCGUUCCGCCUUCCUCGAAAAAUAACGAGGACGACUCGUACAGCUUUUACUAUUCCGCCGACUCGGCCGAGGAUAAAGAAAGAAAGAGGAGUCACGAUAGGGAGAAAGUGGGUGGCAAUUAUGAACAGCACAGAUAUGUGACGGGAUACCGGAACGAGCCAUCCGCUUCGUCCUUUCCAAGGCUGAACCAGGAGGUCAACGCCUUUCUGAAGACCAACGUCAGGAACGACGUCGCGCCAUCGUCUUCCUCCUCCUCUCAACUAACCAACAGCCACAAAUUUUCCAGGCCCGUUGUGGUCGCCGAACCGAGUUACAACAAGUUUGAUCAACCGUCCGGAAUAUCCGAUCUCGACACGGACGAUUACCGAACUUCGAGGAUCACCGAGGGGAGCUCGGAGGUGUCGCAUCGUUACGCGAUGAACGACAGGGACAGAAGGUUCGAGAACGACGAGGAUUCGAGGGACACGUCGGACGACAGCGAUUACGGGGAAUAUACGGAGAGGCCGAGAAGGGUGCAGCAGAAGAGUAGGAGGCGGCCGAACGGGAACUCGAAGAGGCUUGCUAAGGAGCAUCGAGGAGCGUCGAGCAUGGACGACAGCGCGGAGCACAAGGGGAAAACGAAGCAUCACUCGUCGAGAUCUAGGCAGGCUCACCGGCAAAGGGUGAGAGGGGGGAACUCGUGGUCGGACGAGUCGGGCAGGCAUCAGGAGCAGGAGGACAGCUACGAGGACGUUAGAUACGACGGCAGAUUAUCGGAGACGAGGCACGCGCAGAGCGUCAAGUUCAAGCCGAGCACCAGCUGGAACCAAAUAUCCCCGAAUCUGGAGAUAUCGCACUCGAGCGGUAUCGAGAUCGAUCAAGUCGAGAAACCGAAGCUGAUCGUCCCCGUUAAAGUGAACCUGGUACCUACGAGCUUCGACCACGCGACAGCGAUUGGGAGCAGCCAAGGGUUCGACGUCUCGAACGCAAUUUUGCGCAAUAUCGUUUCAUCGUCGGCCAACGCGCCGAUAAAUUCCGGCGGAAACGAGGGGAAGAUAAGGGUAUCCACGCCCCUUCCAGACAUUAUCGUAGGCCAGGGGAACUUUGGCAAUUCGAUGCACGCGGUUCUUCCGCAAACGAACGGCCAACAGAAUGAUAGGUUCCCCCCGAAUCUUAAGCCGCAAUACCUGUCCACCACGAUCGCCCCUGUUUUCACGGUCAGCCCAAACCCCAAUUUCCAGAUUCAGGACACGACUCGUACAACUAUCGUCGAUCCCUCGAAUCAUAUAUCGACCAACCACGCGCCACGGCUGAUACUUCCGCAGCCCACCCUUCAAACCCUCUCGACGCUGGUGCAAACCCCCGUCACGGGGGCCGAUUAUAUCCAGGUGAACCCUCACGGGAUGCACGGCCAGAAUCCUAUUAGUAAUGGUAAUUUGCAGGUGCAACCGCUUCCAACGUUGCCCACCAUCGCCCCAACGGCGCACGCUAUACCCGUCACGAAGAUCAAUCUGAUAACGCCCGAGUCGCGAGGCAAGAACGGCCUUCUUCCGGAUACGGACACGAAUUUCUUGGCCACGGCCAGCCUGGCGGUCGGCCACAACGAUCACGGCCAAACGCCGAACGAUAAUUCUUAUUAUCUGGAAAACUCGAACGGGCAGCAAAUCGUUAAGCAACCCCAGGUGCAACCCUCGACCGGCUUCUAUCAGCAGACGAUCAACGUUCCUCCGUCGAGAACGAAAACGACCUACGUUCAAACCACCAAUCUGUUGCCGGCUGUGUUGCAACCUCUGCCAACCUACACCACCCUAUCGAGCACUCCUUCCCAACCGUUUCAAGGGAAUACGGGCGGGGAUCAGGGCCAACAAUUCCCGAAACAGAGCGUGGAGUUGGAUAACGCCGCUUCGAAUUCGAGGAACGUCAAAUUCCCGUCUCUCGCGUAUCAAAUGAUCGAUAGCGCGGCCAGUCACAGCACCGAUAACGUUAACACGGUGAACGGUUUGCCAGGUGUUGCCGGGAUGAUAGGUAACGGCCAUCUACCGCACGUGGGGACGAGGAACGUGGAAAUCGUGAACCCGAACAUGAAACCGAGCACGUUCGACGCCUCGAUCAUAAAUACCUACGAGACGAUGCAUUAUCCGGCCGCUGUUUUGACCACCUCGAUACCCAUGUUCGCAACGACCAGCUUCGUCACGGCCAGGCCAGCCCUCCUCUCCUCGACCGUCGAACCGAUGCAAAACGCGCCGGUUUCGGCGACGACGGAGGGGCGCACCUCUGUCAACGACAAUCGAGGCUCGAACGCGAACGUCGACCCGACGAGACCGUACCAGUCACGGGACAGGCCUGUGUACAAUCCCCUCGAGUUCGUGCCCAACGUGGACGUGGUGAAAAGUCAGAACGCCCUGAACGGUAAGCUGCACGCCGUCGAGCCCCUUCAACAGAAUCUGAAUCUCGUCCCGUUGCUGCCGGGCGGCAACUUCUUCAAGCCCAGCUUCUCGGCCCAGAGCGAGCUCCUCGUGAAGCCGAAACUGAACUCGGAUCUGCAGGCGUACGCGGAGCAGAUGUUCAAGGAGUCGCUCAAAACCAUUUACAACACCCAGAAAUGGAACAACGACAGGAAAGCGGGGCUGUACAAUCGGUACAACGUCACCGAUUCCGAUAUAGCGAAGUUGAAGAACGAGUUGCAACGAUUGAAGGCGUCCUUGGAUUCCGGAAGGAAGAAGAAGAAGAACCACGAUGCCGAUCAUAGCGAGACCAAGGUGAGGACGACGGAGUUGGCAAACAGGAAGCCGGACGAGCUGAUGGCUGCGUUGGAACAGAUGCUGAAGAAGAAUCCUUCCGACUCUUUGCACAAUUUUCACUCGAGUAGCAAACCUCAUCGACACCGCAGGCCUAACGAACAGGAUAAUUACAGUUUGGGGACGACGGGUGAUCCAAGAGACAGCAAAUACGUGAAGGAGUUUUUGACGCCGCCCCAAUUCAAUUCUCAUCGAGGGAAGAAUCAUUUCCAAACCGUUGACAAACCGGGGAAGAAACGGCCUGGAUCGAGCAGAUACAAGAGUUACAAUCAUCAUCAUCAUCAUCAUCAUCAUCACCACCAUGGGCCAAGAUCGCAUCCGAGGAGUAAUUCUAAAGCGGGAGGUAUCGAGGUUUCCGGCUCGAAUAUCGAGCCGGUACGCGUCGACGGACAUUCCAAAUAUGGAAAUAUCCACGACUCGAGACAGUUCAGGAAGGGUUCGUCGUUCGACUCUCACCUCGGCUCGACUUCGCCCUUCUCUCGCGAGAAAAUAUCUCAUUUUUCCAAAACGGGUUCGAAAGGGGUGGGUGAGAAGGGAAUGGAGAACGCGUACAACAACCCCAAGAUGCAUAAUUUUUACGGGAUGUUGAUGAAGAACAAGCAGCUGCCCGGCGGCGAUACCCCGAACUAUUUUCGGGACAAGGAUCAGUUGAAGCAGUUCUUCGAGACGGAGAAGCAACGAAUGCAGCAAAAGUUUUACGACGAUGCUUUGAGGGAUUAUUUUAAGAAGAUGUCAGAUUUGGGAUACACCGGGAUAUCCAAUUCUCGGAUAUCUUCGCCGGAGAAGAGGAAAGUUUGAAUUUGUACAAAAAAAAUUCUAAAAGAAUUC